GGUCUAAGGUCAUAUGGAAAUGAGCUCGAAACGACAAUUACUUCAACACGCACCGCGGUAGUAGACCUUAUCUCACCCGGGUUGUCGUACGUGAGUGAACGUGGGAAAGGUUGCUCAUUGCCGAACUAAAAAAAACGGAAUUAGCGAGUGGACAGAGCUUACACUCACACUGGGGAAUUGAAGUCGUGCCAGGAGUGAGAAUCUUUCGCAAGGAAGUGAAAACGUUUCAGCAAUUACCUCAACGCUUCGGCCACCUUGGUUGAAGCAUAGUUAUGGCUUUCGCAUCUGGGUCACUAGCUCCCUUACGGGAUGUAAAGCUGGUCCAGUUUGGAGUGUUGAGUCCAGAUGAAAUAAAACGAAUGUCAGUCACCACCGAAGGUGGCGUUAAAUACUCCGAAACGAUGGAGGGAGGAAAGCCAAAGCUGGGGGGUUUGAUGGAUCCGCGACAGGGAACAAUCGACUGUUUUUCUCGUUGCCAAACUUGUACUGGAAACAUGACUGAAUGUCCCGGUCACUUCGGACAUAUAGAACUGGCAAGACCGGUGUUUCACGUCGGCUUUUACAAGAUGAUAAUCAAAUGUUUAAGAUGCGUCUGCUUCUAUUGCUCAAAACUCCUCGUCGACGGGAACAAUCCUAAAGUGAAAGAAAUCGUGUCAAAGUCUCACAAUCAACCAAGGGAGCGUCUACAAGACAUCUAUGACUUGUGUAAAGGGAGAAAACUCUGUGAAGCUGGCAAUUUUGUUGAUGAUGAACAACAGUCAGUAGACUUAGAUGAGGCUGAAAAAAAGAGUCAUGGUGGAUGUGGUAGGAACCAGCCACAGAUCAGAAGAAGUGGUCUUGAUCUCACAGCAGAAUGGGAAGAGGUGAAUGAAGACUCACAAGAGAAAAAGAUUCCACUCACAGCCGAGCAUGUACAUGAAAUAUUUAAAAGAAUUUCUGAUGAAGAAUGCAAUAUUCUGGGAAUGAACCCCAAGUUUGCACGUCCUGACUGGUUGAUUGUGACAGUUCUGCCAGUUCCUCCUUUGGCUGUAAGGCCUUCCAUUGUUACAAGUGGUUAUAAUGCUCGUUGUCAGGAUGACUUAACUCACAAGCUCUCAGAAGUUGUGAAGGCAAAUAGUAAUCUUCGGAGAAAUGAACUCAAUGGUGCUGCACCUCACAUCAUUGCAGAGGAAACCAAAAUGCUCCAGUAUCACGUGGCAACACUAAUAGACAAUGAUAUCCCUGGUUUGCCCAGGGUCAUGGAAAAGUCUAGACGUCCACUGAAAUCAGUGAAACAGAGACUGAAGAGUAAAGAAGGCCGAAUCAGAGGAAAUUUGAUGGGAAAGCGAGUUAACUUUUCAGCUAGAGCUGUCAUUACUCCAGACCCAAACUUGUCCCUUGAUCAAGUUGGUGUUCCAUGUACCAUUGCACAGAAUCUUACUUUCCCUGAAAUUGUCACACCAUUCAACAUUAACAGCAUGAAAGAACUUGUGCACCGAGGAAAUAACCAACAUCCAGGUGCUAAGUACAUCAUCAGGGACAAUGGAGAGCACAUUGACCUUAGGUCCCACCCCCAAGAAAGUGAUCUUAAUCUCCAGCUUGGUUAUAAGGUGGAAAGACACAUCAGAGAUGAUGAUGUGGUCAUGCUUAAUCAACAACCCUCUCUGCAUAAAAUGUCUAUGAUGGGACACAGAGUAAAAAUCUUGCCUUGGUCAACACUCAGACUUAAUCUCAG